AUGAUUCCGAGGAGAAGUAAUUUUAUUUUACUUCUUUUCAAUUUAAUACAAGUUCAAUCACUAUUAGAUGCUUCUUGGUGGUCAACAGUUGCACAGCUGUCGACUGCUCUAGCAGGUCAUAAUGUGAAACCAAUCUGUGAACUGCCUGGAUUAUCUCCCGGUCAAGCACAAGUAUGCGAACUGUUCAAAGACCAUAUGCCAGCUGUCAGUAUUGGAGCUCAAAACGCUAUACAGGAAUGUCAAAGACAAUUCACAGGACACCGAUGGAAUUGUUCAACUCAUUACAGUACUGGAAUGCUCGGACCGAUUCAUAAAAUGGCAACACGAGAAGCUGCUUUCACGUAUGCAAUUCUGUCGGCUGGAGUGACACAUGAAAUUGGAAGACGUUGUAAACAGGGCCUUCUGACUUCUUGUGGAUGUUCUGAUGAGAUAAAACCAAAGAAUGUUCCGAAUGAUUGGAGUUGGGGUGGAUGUGGAGACAAUGUUGAGUAUGGAUACAAGUUCUCGAGAGAUUUCAUUGAUAUUCGAGAGAAAGAGCAUGAUCCGAAAAGGAAUCAUGAUAAUGGGAGGAGUUUAAUGAAUAGAAGAAAUAAUGAGGCGGGAAGGAAGAUUCUCAAACGGCAUCGUAAACCAAAAUGUAAAUGUCAUGGAGUAUCAGGCGCAUGUAAUAUGAAAACAUGUUGGAUGCAAUUGCCAUCAAUGGAACAAGUUGGAAAAAUAUUGAGGAAUAAGUAUGAUAAAGCAAUUAGAGUUCAGAUAAAUGACCGUGGAAACUUGCAACUUCUAGCAGAUGAAACGAGUAAAGAAAGAAAGACAAGAGCACUUCCGACUGAUUUAGUUUUUAUGGAUGACUCUCCAGAUUACUGUAGAUUCGAUCGACACUCUGGAACAUUGGGAACUGAAGGAAGAGUCUGCAAACGUGGUUCAAGUGGAGCUGAAGGAUGCGAUAGUCUUUGUUGUGGUCGUGGAUACAAUACAUAUACUCAAGAAAUCAAAUCAAAAUGCAAUUGCAAAUUCGAAUGGUGCUGCAAAGUAGUAUGUCAAACAUGCAAUAAUGUGACACAAGUUGAUAUCUGUAAAUAA